CAAAGGACACUACAGAUACCACUGGCAGAGCCACAAUGUCAAGCAGAGUGGAGUGGACGAUAUGGUCCUUCUCUCCAAAAUCACAGAGGACUCUAUAGUGGAGAACCUAAAGAAGCGAUACAUGGAUGACUAUAUUUUUACCUAUAUCGGCUCGGUACUGAUCUCGGUGAAUCCCUUCAAGCAGAUGCCGUACUUCGGGGAGAAGGAAAUCGAGAUGUACCAGGGAGCUGCACAGUAUGAAAACCCACCACAUAUUUAUGCUCUUGCAGACAGCAUGUACAGAAACAUGAUUAUUGACAGAGAAAACCAGUGUGUCAUUAUUAGGGGGGAAAGCGGUGCUGGGAAGACUGUAGCAGCUAAGUAUAUCAUGAGUUAUGUCUCUAAAAUUUCCGGAGGUGGCCCCAAAGUGCAGCAUGUGAAAGACAUUAUUCUGCAGUCCAACCCUUUAUUGGAGGCCUUUGGGAAUGCAAAAACUGUACGAAACAACAACUCCAGCAGAUUCGGAAAAUACUUUGAAAUCCAGUUUAGCCCAGGUGGAGAGCCAGAUGGUGGGAAAAUCUCCAACUUCCUCCUGGAAAAAUCUCGAGUCGUAAUGAGGAAUCCUGGAGAGAGGAGUUUUCACAUUUUUUACCAGCUGAUUGAAGGGGCCUCCUCAGAGCAAAAAAGCAGUCUUGGCAUCACCAGUAUGGACUACUAUUACUACCUGAGCCUCUCUGGGUCCUACAAGGUAGAUGACAUCAACGACAAAUCUGAUUUCCAGGAAACUCUGCAUGCAAUGGAUGUGAUUGGGAUCUUUGCAGAGGAACAGGCAUUGGUACUGCAGAUAGUGGCAGGAAUACUGCAUUUGGGAAAUAUCAGCUUCAAAGAAGUUGGCAACUAUGCAGGAGUGGAGAGUGAAGAGUUUUUGGCUUUCCCUGCUUUCCUCCUGGGAAUUAACCAGGACCGCCUAAAGGAAAAACUGACCAGCAGACAGAUGGACAGCAAGUGGGGAGGCAAGUCCGAGUCCAUUAACGUAACCCUGAAUGUGGAACAGGCCUGUUACACCAGGGACGCGUUGGCCAAAGCCCUUCAUGCCCGGGUCUUUGAUUACCUGGUGGAUUCCAUUAAUAAGGCUAUGGAGAAGAAACAUGAAGAAUAUAACAUUGGUGUCCUUGAUAUUUAUGGCUUUGAAAUAUUUCAGAAAAAUGGUUUUGAACAGUUCUGCAUCAACUUUGUUAAUGAAAAACUGCAGCAGAUUUUUAUUGAACUGACACUGAAAGCAGAACAGGAAGAGUAUGUGCAAGAAGGAAUUAGAUGGACACCAAUAGAUUACUUCAACAACAAAAUAGUGUGUGACCUCAUAGAGAACAAAGUGAAUCCCCCAGGAAUUAUGAGCAUUUUAGAUGAUGUAUGUGCCACAAUGCACGCAGUGGGCGAAGGAGCUGACCAAACACUCCUGCAGAAACUCCAGAUGCAGAUUGGGACUCAUGAACAUUUCAACAGCUGGAACCAAGGGUUUAUCAUUCAUCAUUAUGCUGGAAAGGUGUCUUAUGAUAUGGAUGGAUUCUGCGAGAGGAAUCGUGAUGUUCUUUUCACGGACUUGAUUGAACUCAUGCAGAGCAGUGAUUUACCUUUUAUAAAGGCUCUGUUUCCUGAAAACCUCCAAGCAGACAAGAAAGGCCGUCCUACCACUGCGGGCAGUAAAAUUAAAAAACAAGCAAAUGACCUUGUUGGCACCUUGAUGAAAUGCACACCCCAUUACAUCCGCUGCAUCAAACCCAAUGAAACAAAGAAGCCUCGAGACUGGGAGGAGAGCAGGGUAAAACAUCAAGUAGAAUAUUUAGGUCUGAAAGAAAAUAUUCGAGUAAGAAGAGCUGGCUACGCCUACAGACGGGUCUUCAAGAAGUUUCUGCAGAGAUAUGCCAUUCUGACCAAAGCAACUUGGCCUUCUUGGAAAGGAGACGAGAAACAAGGAGUUCUCCACCUGCUCCAGUCGGUCAACAUGGAUCCUGACCAAUACCAGCUUGGGAAAUCUAAAGUCUUCAUCAAAGCUCCAGAGUCUCUAUUUUUGUUGGAAGAGAUGAGGGAAAGGAAAUAUGAUGGGUAUGCCCGGGCCAUCCAGAAGGCAUGGAGAAAGUAUGCGGCCAGGAAAAAAUAUGUACAAAUGAGAGAAGAAGCUUCCGAUCUAUUGUUGAACAAAAAGGAGAGAAGACGAAACAGCAUUAACAGGAAUUUUAUGGGAGAUUACAUAGGCAUGGAAGACCAUCCGGAGCUGCGCCAGUUUGUGGGCAAACGGGAGAAGAUUGAUUUUGCAGACACUGUCACCAAAUACGACAGGCGGUUUAAGGGUGUGAAACGAGAUCUUGUCCUUACUCCAAAGUGCAUAUACCUGAUUGGGCGUGAAAAGAUAAAGCAGGGUCCUGAGAAAGGCCAAGUAAAGGAAGUCAUAAAGCGGAGGAUGGAAGUAGAGAGAAUCCUUUCUGUUUCUCUGAGUCCAAUGCAGGAUGACAUUUUCAUUCUACAUGAACAGGAAUAUGAUAGUUUGCUUGAAUCAGUCUUCAAAACUGAAUUUUUAAGCCUUUUAUCAAAACGAUAUGAAGAGAAAACGCAAAGAAAACUACCUCUGAAAUUUAGCAAUACACUUGAAGUGAAGCUGAAAAAGGAGAACUGGGGGCCCUGGAGCUCUGGUGGGUCUCGUCAAGUACAAUUUAUGCAAGGCCAUGGCGAUAUAGCCAUUCUCAAGCCCAGCAACAAGGUGCUGCAGAUCAGCAUUGGCCCAGGGCUACCAAAGAAUUCCCGCCCCACUAGACGGAACCUUACACAAAGCAGAGGGCAUUCGGGCAGGUCGCAAGGCGGGACGUUCCCUAUGCGAGCCGCGCCGCCGCCGCCUGCUACAGUGGUGCAGUAG